AUGACCAGUAGACACCUCAUCAACAGGUGGCUGUUACAGAAUGUAGAGGGUAAUUGAUGCAGAAGAAAGGCAAAAAACUAUGGGAACAAAUACUCACUGCAUAAUUUUCAGAAGAUAACUCUCACCCUAAGAAGAAAGCAUGACAUAUGAAGUAGUGGAGAUGAGUUAAAUGUGAACUUUUUUGCAAUUGAAAGAGAAAAAGACAAGAAGAGACUCUUACCAUUCUCGUUUAUUGGAUACUACAGGCAGAAAUCUGGGAGACUGACUAGUAGAAUUCUCAUCUUCUGCCGGGUUAUGUUAGAGGUCCCAGGAUCUGUCACCAGCAGCAGCCCUGGAGUGAGCAGUGUCCAGGGGGGGGGGGGGGGGGGGGGGGGGGUCGGACUUCGUCCACUUUUCCGGCGAGGCGAACGCGGAAGAGCGGGAGCUGAGGGUUUCCGACUACUCAGAUUGUGGCGUGGCGACUGCUGCAAGAUGGAGGUGGGCUUGGCGGCCGAAGAUGGUCGGGAUGGUCCCCGGGAGCGGCGACGCUUGGAUGAAGCCGAGAGGCCGCAGCAGAACCACGAAGUGCGGCCUCAGUCCGGGGCAGACCGGUUACCAAAACAUUCCUACUGGUUGGAUCUCUGGCUCUUCGUCCUCUUAGACGUGGUGUUGUUUUUCUUCGUGUAUUUUUUACCCUGAAUGGUUUGCCUGAUACCUAAAUUAAGAAUUUUGGCUCCUGGAGUGGAUCCUGAAAAUGACUACAAACUUCUUGAACAAAGAAGGCAGGAUUGUGCACCAGAAGAAUUUCAGACUCUAAGAGACCUUCAUUUCAUUUUACACAUUCUGUUAUUCUUUGCGGGAACUAUAUUAAAUGGGUAAUGAUCUCAGCCAUUCAUAGCUAAGUUCUUAAAACUCGGCUCUGAUUCACAUUUUAAAACUUUUUACAGAUUAUUUGGUGGCUUUACAGGGGCUGAACAUAAAAAGUAUUUAUACAUGAAGGUUUAUUAUACUUAUUAGGAAAUAGAUUGUUUUUCCUUUAACAUUUUAAGGGUUGGCCAAGGUUUAGUAUGAUGCAGAUAAUAUGGUGAAAUAAUAAGGUGAAAUAUUUAGAAAUAAAUUAUACAAAAGCAAGGGAAGAAUUUUGAAAAAAGGAGUUAAAAGCUAUACAGAAAAUGCAGGCCCACAAUAUAUUUGCUGUAAGUGCCAGUUUAAUUUUUAGAUUAAGUGGACCUCUGUUAUGGUUGCUAGGUUGGUACAAUCUUAGAGAAAGUAUAUAAUAUCCAGUAAUGGAAGGCUAGAGUGCAUGGGGUCUUACCUGGAUGCUUCCCCUCACUUUUAAGCUCUUGAAGUCUGUAAAGUAGGACUGUGUGUUUCAAACCUAAUUUUUAUUGUGGUUGCAUUAAGAAUGUCUGUGGCCAAAACAUGUUUAUUAUAAUGUCUGUAACUUACUUUAAUACUCCAGCAAAGUCACCAUAUUUACUCUUUGAGCAAAUGUUUGAGCACUUACUGUGGGCCAGGUACCGCACUGAACGAAACAGACAAAAAUCCUUGCCUUUAUGGAGCUUACAUUCUUUUUUAUAUAAGUAUGUUAACAAGAAUUUAUUUCCCAGGAGUGAUCAGCUAGUAUUUAGUCAAAAAGGUCACAUUCCCAAAGCAGCUACUAUAAGCCCUUCAGAAGCUAUUCCUAUUAUAUAACAGAUGUUAGAAAUGGGCUCUUGUCCUUGAAAUUGGUGACAUUUUAUAUAUUGGAAUUGCCUAAAUAUUUUUCCCGUCCCUUAGAAGCAGGGCAUAGAUCUGGUAAACUCUACAUCUUCUGUUCUUUAGAAUGGCAUUUAGGGUUAGUGUGAAAUCUGGGAUUGAUUUUGGAGGCUUUUAGCCUAAUGCUGACUAUAAGUUUAACAAUUACGCCUUCAGAGAACCUAACAAACCUGCCUGAGGAGAACUUUUUAGGCAAGGUUGAAGCAUCUAGAGAAACAGAACUGGGAUUUCAUUGAGGGUACCAAACAGAUUGUAUGAAUUGUUUUGUGCUACUUGCUAGUAAUUUUGUCCAAUAAAUGUUGAUUAUACAGGUAAA